UCUUUAUGGCCUCCUCUGGACUCACUCCAACAGCUCCACGUCCCUCUUAAACGCUGGAGCCUUACACCUCAGGCUCCUCAGGAAUUACGGUGGUGCUUCUUGCCCGCCCUUGCCAGCAGUGCUGCGAGGGCUGUGCCGCACUGGGGCGGGGCGGGGCGGUGCGCGGCGGCGCGCGGCGGCGGGGCUCACCCCUCUGCACGGGGAGGAAGGGGAGCGAUGCGGGAGCACGGCUCGCACCACAGGGUGGAUGGGGCUGCGUGCGCCGCGCCGGGGCGUGGUGUCGGCGGGGCGCUGCCCUCAGCCGCGGGGCCGUGACGGGAGCGCAGGGCGGACCCGGGACUACAGCUCCCGCCCUGCCCCGCGCCCAACAGCCGCUCCCGCCCUGCCCCGCGCGCCCGCCCGCCGCCAUUUGAACGGAGCGAUGGUGGCUGUGGAGCUGGAGCUGUCUGAGGAAUGGCGCUCGUACCUCGUCUGCACCCGCGCCGCCACCUUCCGCAACUGGCCCUUUACCGAGGGCUGCGCCUGCACGCCCGAGCGGAUGGCGGCGGCAGGUUUCGUGCACUGCCCCAGCGAGAACGGCCCCGACGUGGUGCAGUGCUUCUUCUGCUUCAAGGAGCUGGAGGGAUGGGAGCCCGACGAUGACCCGCUGGAGGAGCACAAAAAGCACUCUCCGCGCUGUGCUUUCAUUUCCCUUCAAAAAGAUCCUUCUAACCUGACGCUGCAGGAGUUCUUGAAGCUGGAUAGAGAACGAAUGAAAAAUGCAGCUAAAAAAGAAAUUUCUCGGAAGGUGACUGAUGUUCAAGGUGCAGCCAAGAUUGUGCGUCGGGAAAUAAUGAGUUUGUCUUCCUAAGAUACUGUGGCUCCUCACUCACAGGUAACACCUGCCCUGUGUGUGCUCUGGCACUGCUGCUUUGACUGAUGGCUGUUUCCUGGACUGCUUUCAGAAUGGCCAUCCCUGUGUGGAGCUGACUUGAGCCUAUCUGGGAAGUCCCUGGGGCCUGAUGCACUGCGUACAUCAUCUUUUUUUAAUGCAGGGGUUCUCCUGUCCUUCCUGUUAAGGAUUACUACUUGUGGCUUUAUUUUUUACUUUCUAUUUUUUAAACUCGGCUGUUUCUACUUUAGAGAUCCAAAACCUUGUGUUUCUUGCAAGAGUUGGAAGGCACUUCCAUUUUUAUCCUGAAAAUACCAGUGCUUUCAGAUACUUUUGGAAAUAAAGAGGGGAGGGAAUUUUAAAACUCCUUUGGGGAUUUGGGAUUGUGGCUAAUAAUGCCUAUCAUACCACAUCUUUGUGUGCCUGGUAUCUUUGUAAACCUCUGUUUGUAGCUGUUUCUGACUCAUGUUGAUGCAUUUAGAAAUAAAAGUUGAAGCUAAAAGAGCAAA